AUGAAAGGAUAAGCCUCGCAACCAACUUAGAAUGACAAAAUACCUAGAACUCGUAGACUCCGUGCCAAGAACAAGUCCGGCACAGUCACCUAUAUUGUUCAGACAGCCAACGACUAGGCUUACAAGAACUAAUCUAAAGUAAAUGAUUCAUCUGUGCAAUUAAAUGGCGGCAAUUUUCAGAGCACUUAAAUGAAUCACUAAGUUAAUUAAGAGUAAUUAAAUAUACAAAUAAGGAUAGAGCAAGAGAAAGUGGUGGCUUUAUUGGAGAAUAUAUCUCAAACUGCCAAAGAACUCGACUAUAGAGUGCUUGACGAACUGAAUUCAAUAGACAACGAAUAAUCUUACCCGCUCAAAUCCUUUUUAAACAGUGUUGAAAUGCUAGCACACCAUUGGUCAAUGAUUAAAAAGGAAAGGUAUACAUAUAGAGUAAAUAAUCAUGGACACCUUGAUAUCUAUAUUAAUGAAAUGCCAAGAGCGAUCAAUGAAGGCAAGAUUUUUAAUAUCAAAACUUUCGUGCUUUCAUGCAAAACCCCCUACAUGAAAACUAAAGAUGGCUCAAAAGUUUACAUUAGCAAAGAGUACAGUAACGCUGCCGGGAAACUUCAUCUAAGCUUCUAUACACUUCAUGAUUUAAUAGUCAGAGAUUUGAAUUAGAAGUUAGAGGUAAUCAAUAAAUAAACCAGCAGAGGAAGCAUUAUGGCGUUCUUCAAGACUAUUUUCUCAAGUGGAUAGGAAGGAGUCUUUCACCCCCUUUUCAAGGAGACUGUUUUGCUCAGGAAAAUCAAGAAGCAUGUAAAGAUAUUUGAACUUUGCAUCAGAAACUUCGAGGAGACAUAUAUAGCAAUGAUUAAAGAGCUUUAAACCAAAACCUUUAAAAUGAAUGUUGAGAGUAAUGUAGAGACGAGCAUUGUAAUGCAAAGAAGACAAGACUGCUAAAAGAGUAAAGACUUAACCAAAAUAAAGCUAGUUGAGAAUCAGCUUUUCGAUCUAGAGGGCAAUGUAUUAACUAGCCUGAAAAAUAGUUUCAACCAAUCUAUGGUGAAUGCAUCCUUGAAUAGUAGAUUCGUAAAUGAAAACACUCAAUCAAUAGUAGGAAAUAAUGCUGGCCCACAUGCGCUUAUUGCGCCAAUGAACAACCUAAUGAAAAUAGCUUAAGAUGAUAAUUCCAUCAAACCAUCAUCCUCCUCUUAAGGUCCAAGCAGUAGAGUCAAACAGAGUAUUUCACCAACUAACAAUAACUUGAAAAACACAAACAGACAAAAUAUGUCUUAAAGUAGCAGAAAUAGCGGCUUCAGACCUCUGUAAUCUUUAUAGAAUAUUGACUCCUAAAAUGUUUUCUCAAGGAAGUAGGAAUUUAUUGGAAGUAUAAUUAGCAACAGCAGCCAGUAAUUACUAAUGAGCCAAGCUCUUUAGAAUGUUAAAAAGAAGACAAUUAGUCCUUAGAUCAUCAAGCAUAAUUAUCCACUCUAAAACUCCGCAUAAGGAGGGACUCAAAUACAUAAUAAUAAUUUUUCAAAUGAUGAGCUCGUUGUCAAAUAUAUCGACUUGGUAGAUGAUAAGGAAAACAAUCAUGCAUAGUCUAAUUUGCAAAAAGGGUCAAUGAACAACUAUGCUUUCCAAACCCCUAACCCCUAUUAAAAUAUGAUCCAAUCAACCAAGAAUAAGUUGAUGCAGACCUAAACUACUGGUUUCUCAAAUACUCCUGGAUAAAAUAUAAGCACUUUUGCUGGCACUAUAAUUUAAAGAGGCAGCAAUGCAAACGAAUACCCUCAAAGCACUAACACCUAGAAAUCAAAGUCACCAUUGCAAAUGAAUUCUCAUUUUAGCAAUACAUAUAACGAACCAAAUAUUCUAAAAAAUCAAGCUGACAACAAAGCUAACUAUAAGAACAUGAUGAACAACAGUAAGAGAGUUAUAAAAACUAGUCGAAAUUUGUUCAAUGAUUAGAAUAACAACAGUUCCAGCAAUAUCAAUAUAAAUCCAAAUAACAUUUCUCAGUCUGCCGAUGCUUAAAAAGAUUAAGUUCUUUUGCACAAGCAGAUUUCUAAUCUAGAAUAUCCGAAUUACUAUUGUAACAAAAAUAGCUUUGGGGGUGGCAACGAAGGCAACAGUAGUUCAAAUCUAUAAAAAUACCUUCCUCUAAAUGGGUCAAGACAUAUAAAUGACGAUCAGAGUGCUGAGAACAGCUUUGAUAAUAGCAGUAAUGACUCUAUAGAGGAUAAUGAUGACCAGAGUGAUGAUAUGUCGCAUGAUGAUGACAGAAAUUAGAUCAACUAGUCAUCAAUGCACAGAGCUAGCAGAAUCGAGUAGAGAUUGGAACAGAUCAAUCCAAACGAUUUGAUUGCUUACAACAAUUUAAUCGAGUAGUUCAACUUAUGA